AUGGCAGAUGCUUCAGGGAUGUGCCUUUUGGUUUUCACACUCCUUCUUCUCCAGCUUCCCCUCCUUGUCAGGUCCUUGGCUGGUACUAGCUGCUUCUCUACUAUGAAGCACCGAGCACAUAUGGAUGGAGACCUGAUGAUCACUGGAUUGUUCCCUCUCUACACUUUGGGAAUAGAUCACAGUAACAACCAUGAUUCCAGCCACGAAGAUCAAAUGCCGCUUAUCUUCAAGAACUAUCAGUUUGUUUUGGCCUUGGCUUUUGCUGUUGAGGAGAUCAACAAAAACCCUGAUCUUUUACACAACUUCUCUCUGGGAUUUGAUAUGUAUAAUAUUCACUUUAGAGCUUGGACAAUGUUCAAGAAUCCCUUCACUUGGCUCUUUGGGAAGUACAGGAUUCCAAACUACUCCUGUAUGAGAGACAGAAGGUCUAUAGCAGUACUGACAGGACCAUUAGGAAUGACAUCUGACCAAAUUGGGACAUUGCUGGGACUCUACAGAUUUCCACAGCUUACCAUGGGGCCUUUUGAUCAAGCUCUGAGUGACCAUCACAAGUUUCCUGCUCUCUAUCAGAUAGCCCCAAAGGACACAUCAAUAGCCACUGCCAUGGUCUCCUUACUGCUUUACUUCAGCUGGAGCUGGGUAGGACUGUUGACCUCACAGGAUGAGAAUGGUUCAUGGGUUCUUGCUGAAUUGAAAGAAGAGAUGACCAAGAACAGAGUUUGUGUGGCCUAUGAGCUACUGAUCUCAAGCAAAGGUGUGUCUUGUCUAUUCAAAUUAAUUGAAGUUUAUAAUGAGAUAAAUAAAUCUUCAGCAAGUGUCCUCAUCAUAUAUGGUGAUAAUGAAUCACUACUAGAUUUAAUGGUGUGUAUUGAGCAACUUUUAAUCAAAGGCAAAGUUUGUAUCAUGAACUCACAGUGGGAUUUAACCAUGAGAAGGAAAUAUUUCAUUCUAGGCUCAUUGCAUGUUCCUCUUAUUUUUUCACAUCAUCAUACAGAUCUUUCUGGAUUCACAGAUUUUAUCAAGGCAGUAAACCCUUCCAAAUACCCAGAAGACAUUUUUCUUGCUAGGAUGUGGUUUCUGUCAUUUAAUUGCUCAGAUGCUGACUCUGACUGUGUAACAUGGGACAAUUGUCCUCAUGAUGCCUCUUUGGAUUGGUUGUCUGGGUAUAUUUCUGUCAUGACUAUGUCUGGAGAUAGUUACCAUAUAUACAAUGCUGUGUAUGCUGUGGCCCAGGCUCUCCAUGAGAUGCUUCUUCAUCAAACAGAAGAUCACACAAUGGAAAAUAGAAAAGGAACAGUGCCUUCCCCUGCACAGCUGCAUCCUUUUCUGAAAAACAUCCACUUUUACAAUCCUGCUGGAGAUGAAGUGAUUUUGGAUGAUGAAAGGAAAUUGGAUCCAGAGUAUGACAUUCUGAACAUUUGGAAUUUUCCAGAAGGUCUUCAAUUUACAGUGAAAAUAGGAAAGUUUUCUCCAUAUGCUCUCCAUGAUAAUCAACUGUCUUUAUAUGAAGAUAUGGUAGAGUGGCCCACAGGAACUGCAGAGACUCCUCACUCUGUCUGCAGUAAGAAUUGUGGUCCUGGAUUCAGGAAAUCUCAUCAAGAAGGAAAGGCUGCUUGUUGUUUUGAUUGUACCCUUUGCGCUGAGAAUGAGAUUGCUAAUGAGACAGAUAUGGAACAGUGUAUUAAAUGUCCAGAUCAUCAGUAUGCUAACACACAGAGAAACAAGUGCCUCCUGAAAGAUUCAAGUUUCCUGGCCAUCAGAGAUCCUUUGGGCAUGGCUCUGGCCUGCAUGGCUCUCUGCUUCUCUAUGUUAACCGCUGCUGUUCUUGGGAUAUUCGUAAAACACCAUGACACUGCCAUUGUCAAGGCAAAUAACAGGAUUCUCAGCUACAUCUUGCUCAUCUCCCUCAUCUUCUGUUUCCUCUGUUCCUUGCUUUUUCUUGGAUGUCCCAACACGGUUACCUGCAUCCUGCAGCAGAUCACAUUUGGGGUUAUCUUUACUGUGGCUGUUUCUACAGUCUUAGCCAAAACAGUGAUUGUGGUUCUGGCCUUCAAGGCCACUUCUCCAGGAAGAAAGCUGAGGUGGCUGCUGGUAUCAGGGGCUCCUAAAUUCAUUAUACCCAUCUGCAUCCUGAUCCAAGUGACCCUCUGUGGAUUCUGGUUGGGAACUUCGCCUCCAUUUGUAGACACAGAUGCACAUUCUGAACAUGGCCACAUAAUCAUCCUGUGCAACAAGGGCUCCCUCACUGCCUUCUACUGUGUCCUGGGAUACCUGGGCAUCCUGGCUAUGGCCAGUUUCACUGUGGCUUUUCUGGCCAGGAACCUGCCUGACACCUUCAAUGAAGCCAAGUUCCUGACCUUUAGCAUGCUGGUGUUCUGCAGUGUGUGGCUCACCUUCCUGCCUGUCUACCACAGUGCCAAGGGGAAGGUCAUGGUGGCUGUGGAGGUCUUCUCCAUCUUGGCCUCUGGGGCAGGACUCCUAGGCUGCAUUUUUGCCCCAAGGUGCUACAACAUCUUGUUAAUGUUUAAUAGAAAUUCUCUACAUGGCUUCAGGGAUAAAAGACUAUAUAGUAGAAGAAAUUAA